AUGUUCUCUGUCAACACUUGCACUCUUCCCUCCCAAUUCCCUCCACCCUCCCCAUGCCGUCGCCUCUGCCGCUUCACCGUUAUCUGCUCCUCCUUCCGCCGCCGCAGUCGCAGCCGCAGACGCCACAACAAGGUCUCCAUCCCCACCACCAUCUCCACCUCCUUGUCCGAACCCAAGUUCGAAGCCGUCAUCGACCUUACUCCCCUAACCGCUUUCCAAUCUGACCUUCGUCAAUUCAUACGUUUCGGCAGAGACGCUUACAUCGAUUUGCAAACCCUCCUCACUCUCGACCACAACCGCAGGCUCGUCGUUUCGUGUCGCCCUUCCACGUUGCAUUUCCUUGGAACUUCGGCGGCGUUGACCUUGCUCGCGUUUUCCAUUUUCAGUGUUUUGGCCCGAUUAACUUCUAGGUUAAAAUCGUGGCGUCGUAACGAGUAUGGCAAUAGGCCUCUUGUGGUGCGGAGGGACCGGAGUCUCGGCGGAAAAGAGGUGGUUGUUGCGUGGGGCGAGAGGAGCGAUACAAAUCCCUUAUCGCCGACGGUUCGGGACUCCGUGAAGCGUUCCUCGAAUAAUAAGGUCCGGUUUGCAAGAAAAUUGCCCAAAUGGUGGCCCACUAUUAUCAAUGCCAACGGCUCUGUUUUUGACGCCAAUGAGCAGCAGGAAUACAAGAGGGAGGCUGAUAGAGUGGUUCGAGCAAUUACAAACAGUAGACUGGGUGGAAAUGACAUCAUGGAGGAUGAUGUAAUUCAAUUACGUCAACUUUGCAGAACAUCUGGUGUGCAAGUGUCUAUUGAACCAACAAAUAUUCGGGACACCUUGUAUCGGGCUUCUGUUAACUUUGUUUUAAAUGUGUGCAGCAGGGCACCAACAUACUCUACUUCAAUUGAUAUUAAUGGUGAGGAUGCUUCCCAAUUCCUUGCUGGGUUUGCUGAAAAUAUUGGCCUUGAAAAUGUUCGUGCCGCAACAAUUGUGUCUGCAGCUGUUGCUGCACGCACUCGUUCCUGUCUCCUGCAGGCUUGGGCUUUGGAAAUGCAAGGCAAACAUGCUGAUGCUAUUGUGGAACUAUCAAAGAUCUGCCUUCUUCUACAAAUGUUUCCUCCCGAUGAGUGCUCACCUGAAAUUGAGAUGGUUAGUCGGGGUCUAGAAAAACACUUGAAACUGGAGCAAAGAAAACACCUCAUGUUUCUCUUUGGUAAAGUUUGUGGAGGAGAGAGUCACACAAUUGCAAGAGAAGCUCUUGGUUUGAUCCAUUUGCAAAAUGGAUGCUCCGACGAACUCGAAGACAUCACGCUCCGUAAAAAUUAA